GGCGGCCCGGACGGCCACUAUGAGAUGCUGGGCACCUGCCGUAUGGUGUGCGACCCCUACCCCGCGCGAGGCCCCGGCGCCGGCGCGCGGCCCGACGGCAGCGACGCCCUGAGUGAGCAGAGCGGCGCUCCCCCGCCCUCCACGCUGGUGCAGGGCCCCCAGGGGAAGCCGGGCCGCACGGGCAAGCCGGGUCCCCCCGGGCCUCCCGGGGACCCUGGUCCUCCGGGUCCGGUGGGGCCGCCCGGGGAGAAAGGUGAGCCAGGCAAGCCGGGCCCUCCAGGGCUGCCAGGCGCAGGGGGCAGCGGCGCCAUCAGCACGGCCACCUACACCACAGUGCCACGAGUGGCCUUCUACGCCGGCCUCAAGAACCCUCACGAGGGUUACGAGGUGCUGAAGUUUGACGACGUGGUCACCAACCUAGGCAACAACUACGAUGCGGCCAGCGGCAAGUUUACGUGCAACAUUCCCGGCACCUACUUUUUCACCUACCAUGUCCUCAUGCGCGGCGGCGACGGCACCAGUAUGUGGGCGGACCUCUGCAAGAACGGUCAGGUGAGGGCCAGCGCCAUUGCCCAGGAUGCAGACCAGAACUAUGACUACGCCAGCAACAGCGUGAUCCUGCACCUGGACGCGGGUGAUGAGGUCUUCAUCAAGCUGGAUGGAGGCAAAGCGCAUGGAGGCAACAGCAACAAAUACAGCACUUUCUCCGGCUUCAUCAUCUACUCUGAUUGAGCUCCCAGCAUCCCUCUCCAUCUUCUGUCCAACCCUUGGGCUUCCCUCCCAGGAGCGGCAGACAAAACCCAUUCCCUACCGACCCCUUAGCUGCCUGGCCCAGGCUGCCAACCCUCCCUGGCUGUGAUUCCCCACUCUCACCACACCCAGGCCAUAGUUAGGCCUUCCCACAGCAGAGCCGCAGAGCACUCAGUUCUGUCCACAGGAGGCAGUUUGACUGCAGGGCCUCAGCCUGCAAUGUAUAUUUGCACAGUAGGACUGUUUACUGCCCACCCUGGCCUUCCAGCCAGUCUCAGCCUGGGAGGAAAUUGGCAGAGUUGCUUCCUGUGCUGGAAUGAGCUUCCCUCCAGCUCUGGGUUGGCCCUGCCUGGGGGAGGGGCAGGUUGGGGGCUGGAUGGUUUCCCAGCACCCCUAAAGCCCUAGCCUGUCUGCACCCAGUCUGACCAAAGCUAUAAUAAAAAUAUUAUUUCCACCCCAUGAGGGUUUCAGUUUAUGCCCUGGGGAGGGCUGCAGGAAAGCACCAUGGACCUUGGUCUGGUGGAAGCUUUGGGGAGGAUGGACAACCAGAUGCCAGUCAGAGCUGCUGGAGGAGGAGAGGUGUCAAAGGGCCUGAUGCCCACUGCAGCCCAUGUGGGCCUGGAUGGCUGAAAUGGGAAGCAGCCCAUAUGUCGUCAUCUUCCCUGGUGGAUAAGUUCCAUUUUGCCUUGCUGAUAGUGGCACCAGCAUUCCCAAGGCACAGGCAGUCUUUAAACUGGGAGACCUAGGUUCUCUUUCCUGUAACACUGUGUAUUAUCCUGGUCAAGUCACUCCCCUCAGACUCAAUUCUGGGUUAGUGACAGCCAUGGUGAAGGAAUAAGCUUUGCACUAAAGACUGGUUGACCUUGGUCCAAGCAAGUCACUUCUGGGCCUCAGUUUUCUCAUCAGUAAUAUGUAGGUAAGAAGACCUAUUCCACUUAAUUGAGAAUUGAAGAGGUAUAACUUAUGUGCUUAAUAAACAGCUCUUAUUAUUUAUACAUCACUUUAA